AUGGCGGCGACUUUGAUCCCUCGAAAGUGGCGUGCAACUGACGCUGAGGGUGACGCCCAACCGAGCUGGUUAAAGCGCCAGGUCACCGGCGGCUUGCAAUCCAUAUCCCGCCGGGCAUGUGCUCAUCCGAUCCACACAAUCGUCGUGGUUGCCUUGCUCGCUAGUACAACUUAUGUCGGCUUGAUCGAAGGGAGCAUAUUUGACAGUAUUAGGAACCCCAAGAAUGUCGCUGGUCAGGUCGAUGUGGACACGCUCCUCCAGGGUGGCAGGAAUCUUCGCCUGGGAGAAAGCACGUCCUGGAAAUGGCAGGUCGAAGAUGCCCUGAACCCCGUGGAUGUCGAGGCUGCUCAGCAUCUCGCAUUGACCACCUUUGUCUUUCCGGAUUCGACUAGGUCUGAUGCUGCUGCUCCCAUUGCCGAUGAAGUUCCUGUUCCCGCCAACGCUUCUGCGCAACAAGUUCCUCAUACUCCAAAUCUGUUUUCCCCCUUUUCUCAUGAUUCGUCUCUCGCGUUUACUCUCCCGUAUGCUCAGGUUUCUCAAUUCCUGAAAGCGGUGCAGGAGAUUCCCGACUCCUCGGCCGACGAGGAUGUCGGUGAACAAAAGAAAUGGAUUAUGCGGGCGGCCCGUGGACCUGCCACUGGUCCCAGGACAGUUAAACUCUGGCUCACGGAUGCAUGGAGCUCUUUCGUGGAUCUGAUCAAGCAUGCCGAAACGAUUGAUAUUGUCAUUAUGACUCUAGGCUACCUGUCGAUGCAUCUAAGCUUCGUCUCCCUCUUCUUCUCCAUGAGACGCUUGGGCUCGAAGUUCUGGCUUGCGGGCACGGUUCUUCUGACUGGAGCUUUCGCAUUCCUGUUUGGCCUCCUUGUUACGACUAAACUCGGCGUUCCCAUCAACGUGCUCCUCCUGUCGGAAGGGCUCCCGUUCCUCGUUGUCACUAUUGGGUUCGAAAAGCCGAUUAUCCUUACUCGGGCUGUGCUCAAUGCUUCAGCUGACAACAAGCGCCGCGGUGGUGCUGCUCCUUCCGGUCAAGCGAACCCGACAACUGCGAAAUCUAUUCAAGACUCAAUCCAAACCGCAAUCAGGGAACAAGGCUUUGAGAUCGUCCGGGACUACUGUAUUGAGAUUGCUAUCCUCGUUGCCGGCGCUGCUUCGGGGGUGCAAGGCGGUCUGAAACAGUUCUGUUUCCUGGCUGCUUGGAUUUUGUUCUUCGACUGCCUUCUGCUCUUUACCUUCUACACGACUAUUCUUUGCAUCAAGCUUGAAAUCACUCGUAUUAAGCGUCACAUUGCGCUCCGUAAAGCGUUGGAAGAGGAUGGUAUUACGCACCGUGUUGCCGAAAACGUGGCCUCGAGCAAUGAUUGGCCUCAGGCUGGCUCAGAAAACAGCGACACUAGCAUCUUCGGAAGGAAAAUCAAGUCAAGCAAUGUGCGUCGCUUCAAGAUUCUCAUGGUUGGAGGCUUCGUUUUAAUUAAUGUGGUGAACCUGUCUGCCAUUCCUUUCCGGAAUUCCGCCCUGGGCCCUGUUCCGUUGCUCUCCCGGGUAUCCAAUGUGCUUGCGCCCACACCGAUUGACCCUUUCAAGGUCGCUGAGAACGGUCUUGAUUCAAUCUAUGUGACUGCGAAGAGCCAGAUGACAGAAACUGUUGUGACUGUCAUUCCACCCAUCAAGUACAAGCUCGAGUAUCCUUCAGUUCAUUAUGCUGCGCCGGGAGAUAGCCAGUCCUUUGACAUCGAAUACACUGAUCAAUUCUUAGAUGCUGUUGGGGGACGCGUGAUUGAAAGUUUGCUGAAGAGCGUCGAGGACCCAGUCAUCAGCAAAUGGAUCAUCGCUGCGCUUACCCUGAGCAUCGUCUUGAAUGGUUACCUUUUCAACGCGGCACGUUGGAGUAUCAAGGAACCCGAGAGUGCCCCUGCGCCGAAGGUUGUCGAACCGAAGGUUUACCCCAAGGUGGAUCUGAAUGCGGACGGCUCGAAAAGAAGUGCAGAGGAAUGUGAAGUAUUCCUGAAGGAAAAGCGGGCGCCCUAUCUGUCGGACGAGGAUCUGAUUGAGCUUUGCUUGCGAGGCAAGAUUCCAGGGUAUGCUCUGGAGAAGACGAUGGAAAGUGAGGACCUGAUGAGCCGUGUUGAUGCCUUCACGAGGGCAGUCAAGAUCAGAAGAGCUGUGGUAUCUAGGACCAAGGCCACAUCUGCCGUCACAAGCUCUUUGGAGGCCUCGAAGCUCCCUUACAAGGACUACAACUAUACGUUGGUUCACGGUGCAUGCUGUGAGAAUGUUAUUGGAUAUUUGCCGCUGCCCCUUGGGGUUGCUGGACCUCUUACUAUCGACGGCCAAAGCUACUUUAUUCCCAUGGCUACCACUGAGGGUGUGUUGGUAGCAAGUGCCAGCCGUGGCGCCAAGGCUAUCAAUGCAGGUGGUGGCGCAGUGACUGUCCUCACUGGUGAUGGUAUGACUCGUGGUCCCUGUGUUGGUUUCCCUACCCUGGCACGUGCCGCCGCCGCAAAAGUUUGGAUUGACUCUGAGGAGGGUCAGAGCAUCAUGAAGGCUGCGUUCAACUCUACCAGCCGCUUUGCUCGUCUCCAGACUAUGAAGACCGCUCUUGCUGGUACAUACCUGUAUAUUCGUUUCAAGACCACGACCGGCGAUGCUAUGGGCAUGAACAUGAUCUCUAAGGGCGUUGAGAAGGCGCUUCAUGUGAUGUCUACAGAAUGUGGAUUUGAUGAUAUGGCCACUAUCACUAUUUCUGGUAAUUUCUGUACAGACAAGAAGUCUGCUGCUCUUAACUGGAUCGAUGGGCGUGGCAAGUCAGUUGUAGCGGAGGCCAUCAUCCCUGGUGAUGUUGUCAAGAGUGUGCUCAAGAGUAACGUUGACGCGCUAGUCGAAUUGAACACCAGCAAAAACUUGAUCGGAAGUGCAAUGGCUGGAAGCUUGGGUGGCUUCAACGCACACGCAUCAAACAUUGUCACUGCCAUUUUCUUGGCAACAGGUCAGGACCCUGCGCAGAAUGUGGAAAGCAGUAGCUGCAUCACUACUAUGAGAAAUCUCAAUGGCAACCUUCAGAUUGCCGUGUCAAUGCCCUCAAUCGAGGUCGGAACCAUUGGCGGAGGUACGAUUCUUGAAGGACAGUCCGCUAUGCUUGACCUACUUGGUGUACGCGGUUCCCACCCCACCAACCCUGGUGACAACGCCCGUCAACUCGCACGGAUUGUUGCCGCCGCUACGCUUGCAGGCGAAUUGAGUUUGUGCUCUGCACUUGCUGCCGGCCAUCUUGUCCGUGCGCACAUGGCGCACAACCGUAGUAACGCUCCUACACGGUCAUCAACUCCCGUAUCGGCGGCUGUUGGCGCUACUCGGGGAUUGACUAUGACGAGUUCGAAAUGA